AAAAAAAUGGAAAAAAAUGGCUGGCAGAGCGAAGCGUAUGGACUUUCCCUUUCAGGAAGUUGGGCCCAUGGUCCAUUCCCAAUGAGGCAACUCAGUAGGCUUAUCAGUGCCUUGCCUAUUCGGAAGUGGAAUAUAGGAUGGGAUAGAAAGCACUCUAGUUAGGUGAAUAACCACUCCGAAACAAAUGCACACGGUCCAAAAAGGUCGGCUGGUGGAUGUGCUAGGAAAAGGGAGGUAAAGGAAAUGAAGUCUAUCAAAUCUAAUUGUAACUUGCUCAAUGCCAACACGGAAUGUAUGUCCCCUAGAUGCCUCAGCUUUGAUUGUCAAUCGUAACACCAGCAGGUUGGUCAGUUCCUUUCAUGUCACAAUACACUUAUAUCAUGUCAUGAAGCAACUGUUAAGUAGCUUAAUUAAGCUUGUUUCACAUACACAGAAAAAGCUGUCUUGGG